CGGUGUUAUCGCACAAUAUAAGCUGUCAAAUGCUCCGAAGUCGUCCGACUAAGAUGGAGCUGUUAUUCUAUAUCGCCUUUGAAUUCUUUUUUUGACAUAUUGCCGCCGAUUGCCCCCACUAGGUGGCUUCACCAUCGGAGCUUAGGGUGUUGAACCCCCUGCAAUAGACGUCCGAUACCAUUGACGGAGAACCCUAAACAUAAAAUUAAAAAAAAAUACAUAUAAAUCGCCCUUCUCCCUUUCCAUUGGAUACCAUCCUAUGUUCUCUCCUGAUCGAUCAGCCAGCCUGGCAGCAGCAAGAGACCUCGAACUCGAACCUCGUGCAUUCAAAAUGAGACUCGAAGAAGAAAGGGGAGAAGCUCCCAACCCGAGCCCGUCGGGACCACCGCCGGCGCCCAAACUAAGCCUCCUACAUGAAAUUGCUUUUGUGGCCAUCAUCUGCUCAGCUCAAUUGAUGACCCAAGCCGGCUUGGGUCAGAUUAUUGCCACACAAUACAUCGUCGGAAAGGACUUUGGCAUCACCAACCCUGGCCUUCUCAGCUGGUUUUCCGCCUCGUACAGCUUGACCGUGGGCACAUUUAUUCUCAUUGCCGGCCGACUGGGCGACAUGUACGGCCAUCGACUCAUGUUUUGCUCGGGUUUCAUAUGGUUUGCUUUGUGGUCCCUGAUUGCUGGCUUGAGCGUCUACUCGGGUCAUGUGCUGUUCAAUUUCUGUCGAGCCAUGCAAGGCAUUGGUCCGGCAUUUAUUUUACCAAACGGCUUGGCUCUUCUGGGCCGCUUCUAUCCUCCGGGACCGAGAAAGGGAAUGGUAUUUGGCAUGUUUGGAGCCACGGCGCCCAAUGGUUUCAUCGUUGGUGCCGUCUUUGGAUCUCUCUUCUCGCAGCUGGCAUGGUGGCCAUGGACGUACUAUUCCUUUGCCAUUGCUUGCGUUGGCCUGUCUAUUGGAGGCUACUUGAUCAUCCCCACGAUGGAAUCAUCCGCCGCCGACAAUGUUCACAGAAGAGCCGGCUUCGAUUGGGCUGGCUCCAUCACUGGAGUGACCGGUCUCGUGCUCGUCAAUUUUGCCUGGAACCAAGGACCUGCCUACGGCUGGGACAAACCGUACGUCUACAUUCUUCUCAUCAUCGGCCUCAUAAUACUCGGGCUAUUCGUCUUCAUUGAGCUGCGGGCCGCACAGCCCUUGGUCCCACUGCACAGCUUAUCGGGCGAGACAGGCUACGUACUAGCAUGCGUUGCAGCGGGGUGGAGCAGCUUUGGUAUCUGGAUCUACUACAUGUUCCGGUUUAUGCUUGUGACUCGGCAUCUCACGCCGCUCAAUGCAGCCGCGCAGAUGACACCGGCGGGUAUUUCUGGCCUGCUCGCGUCCAUGACGACUGGGUUCUUGAUCCACAAGGUACCUGUUGCGAGGCUGAUGGUGGUUGCAAUGAUUGCAUUUUGCGUCGGCCUGAUUCUCAUUUCGACUGCGCCGGUACACCAGACGUAUUGGGCACAAUGGUUUGUCGCGAUCCUCGUCACGCCAUGGGGAAUGGAUAUUAGCUUUCCGGCAUCAACAAUCAUGCUCAGCAACUUUGUCUCCCACGAGCAUCAGGGGAUUGCGGCUUCACUCGUCGCAACUGUGGUCAAUUACUCCAUCUCAAUUGGUCUCGGUAUUGCCGGCACAGUUGAGGUCCAAGUCGCCGGCGGCGAUCCGCUCAAGGGAUUCCGCUGCGCCACCUGGACUGGAAUUGGUCUCGCCGGGAUGGGAAUCGUGAUUUCCAUCAUCUUUGCCGUCCGCAUGAGCAUGAAGUCCAGCCACGAGGCCAAGAUGCAGAAAAUGCACGCCGAGCAUGCCGCGAGGGCGGAUGCCUUUUCUGCGCAUUCGGAAAUGACACAUUCUCGGACAGGCUCGGUCCAGGAAAAGGACAAUUUCGAUGACGUUGAGCUUCAGCAACAUCCUGCAACACGCCAGCCGCGGAUGCCACCGGCGACGUAUAUUCGUUCAGGAGGCUCGGCCGGGUCCCAUCCUUCUCGUAUUUAGUUUCAUGUGUUCUUUUGUUGUUAUUUCCUAUCUUUUUUUUAUUUCUUCAUUCUCUUUUUUUUUUUUUU